AUGGCCGUCCACACUGCCCCCGCCGCCGAGGACGUCCUCCCCCCCUUCACGCCCACCAAGCCCUUCCUGCGCAGCCUCACCCUCCUCACGCCCUCCACAAUGCGCACAACCCUCACCCGCCUCCUCACCAAUGUGCAGUUCCGCGCCACGCUGCUCUGCUUCGUCAUCAUCGUGACGGUCGACAUGGCGGGCUACCUCAGCUCCGCGCCGCAGGUGCGGCUGUUCGAGUCCAUCGUGUGUCUGGACUACUACCGCGAGAAUGAUCCGAGCCUGAUUGGUGGGGAUGGGAGUGUGCCGGAGGAGCUAUGUAAGGUGGAUAGUGUGCAGAGGGAGAUUGCGAUGCUGAAUGGGAUGCAGACGCUGUUUUCGAAUAUCCCUGGUGUGGUACUCGCAAUCCCGUUCGGCGUCAUGGCAGACCGCUAUGGGCGGCGACCAAUGCUCAUGCUGACCCUCCUCGGUCUCUCCCUCUCCUCCGCCUGGGUGCUUCUAAUCUGCUGGUUCACCCUCCCCAUCAAGCUAACCUGGCUCUCCUCCCUCUUCUACACCCUCGGCGGCGGCGCCUCCGUCGGCUCCGCCCUCAUCCUCAUGAUCAUCGCGGACGUGACCCCCGCCGCACAACGCAGCACCCUCUUCUUCCACCUGCAAGCUUGCGUCCUCCUCUCCGAACUCGUCGCCCCCCUCCUCGGCUCCCUCCUCAUGUCGCGCAACGUCUGGAUCCCCCUCCUCGCCGGCCUCGCAAUCCAAACACUCGGCAUCCCCAUCGCCGCCCUCCUCCCAGAGACCAAGUCCGCGCACCCCACCACCACCGACGCCGAGAGCAGCGAGGACGAAGAGACUGCUCCGCCGCCGAAGAAGGAGGGCGAGAGCGACUACCGCGCUGUGUUCUCCUUCUUGCUGGCGGACCUGAAUACGGCGCUGCUGGUGCUGACGUUCCUGAUCGCCACCAUUGGCCGGCAGGCACUCGAGAUCCUACUCCAAUACGUGUCGAAGCGGUACUCGUGGCCGCUUGCCACCGCCAACAUCCUCUUCUCGCUGCGGGCAGGGAUCAACCUGCUGCUUCUUCUGUUCCUCCUGCCAUUCAUCGGCACGACGCUGCUCUCGCGCUUCGGCUACACCUCCGCCGGCAAAGAUCUCCUCAUCGCGCGGGUCAGCAUCGUACUGAUGGCUGCGGGCUUCGGCGUAAUCGGCGUGUCGCCAGGUGCGGCAGGGAUGGUGCUGGGGCUGGGUGUGUAUACGCUCGGCAGCGGGUUUGGUGCUGCGGCGCGGAGCCUUGUGACGGGGAUGGUGCGGAGGGAGGAGGUGGGGCGGUUGUAUACUGCGAUUGCGGUGGCGGAUAUGGUGGGGGGUCUUGUUGCGGGGCCGGCGCUGAGUUGGUGUUUUGCUGUGGGCAUGGCGUGGGGGGUGUUGCUGUGGAUAAGGGAUGGUGGGGAGGGGAGGGAGGGGUAUGUGAGGGUGGAGGGGGAGGAGGAGGAGGAGAGGGUGGAGAGGGAGAGGGAGUAG